UCAGGUGCCCCAGGGAGGCACCGGAGGGUAUGUUAAUCUGCUGGUGCUUGGAGCUUGGAGAGGGAGGUUUAUUUUUGAGUUUAUUUGUGCUCUUCACUUUUGCCUCUGUUUACUUACGUGCUGAGUUUAUUUAUGUUGUAGGCUGUGAGUCAGGACGGAGGUGGGAAGGCAGGGAGAAGAGCUGGUGGAAGGGCAUAGGGAGGCUGGACUGCAGGGCUGUGUGACAAGUGAAAGGAUGUGGGACGGGAGGGCGGCCAGGCUGCAAAGCUGAACAAAGCGGCGAGAGGAGCUGGAGAAACACGGCUUCCUUUUGGGCUGUUCGAGCUGCUGGGCUGAUGGGACGACGCUCUGGGCUGCCCUCCCAGCCGCAGCCUGUCCAAGCGUGGGGAUGAGCCAGACCUGCCUUUACCGCAGGUCUUUGUAAGCUGAUUUGUAGCUCUGGAUCAUCCCCGAUGUGAUGUAACUUUACAGGAGUUGCUGUAAAAAUAGGCUGUAAAGAAAGAGGUGGUGACUGAGGAGAAGAGGAGGCUUCAUGGGUGUUUGGCUUGCGGCUGCAUUAGUGUUGUCCCGGCUUUUGUGGUGCGUGAGGCCGGUGCAGGCGCAUGCUCGGCCGUGCUGAGCCCAGCAGAACGCGCGGCACCUGGAUGGCGGCGCGGGGACCGGCAGCAGGUUUAUAGAGAAGCUGAGCAGGCACAAUGGAGGCUCAGCCUGUACAGGGAGGCAUCGCCUCAUUGUGUGCGGCGCUGCCUGGGGAGCGGGGCAGCACGCUGCCCUGCCGCCGCAGCCUCCGCAGCCCGCUGGGCUUUGAGCUCCUCCGAUUAAUUUGUGCCAUCCUGUCUGCUCUUUUAUUUCUUCACCCUGUGUUUUGUGGCAUGGAAUGUUUGGCUUUUUGUGCGCUGCCUCUUUUCUGUCCUGUUACUGCCCAGAUUGACCCGAAGGUAGCGUUCCCCCGCCGAGCACAGCCCAAGAUGGUGACCCGAACGAAGAAGAUAUUUGUGGGUGGUCUGUCCGUGAACACUACUGUGGAGGAUGUGAAACAGUAUUUCGAGCAGUUUGGGAAGGUGGAUGAUGCGAUGCUGAUGUUCGACAAGACAACCAACCGACACCGAGGGUUUGGGUUUGUCACGUUUGAAAGUGAAGACAUCGUGGAAAAAGUGUGUGAAAUCCACUUCCAUGAGAUCAACAACAAAAUGGUGGAGUGUAAAAAAGCCCAGCCGAAGGAGGUGAUGUCCCCGACGGGCUCUGCGCGAGGGCGGUCCCGAGUGAUGCCGUACGGGAUGGACGCCUUCAUGCUGGGGAUCGGCAUGCUGGGUUAUCCAGGCUUCCAAGCUGCCACCUACGCAAGUCGAAGUUACACUGGCAUUGCACCUGGCUACACUUACCAGUUCCCUGAGUUCCGUGUAGAGCGGACCCCUCUCCCGAGUGCCCCCGUCCUCCCCGAGCUCACAGCCAUCCCCCUCACUGCGUAUGGACCAAUGGCGGCAGCAGCGGCUGCGGCGGCCGUGGUGCGAGGGACAGUUCUGCUGCCUACCGUAGGUUCCACCCCCAGUCGCACCGGUGGAUUUCUGGGCACCACCAGCCCCGGGCCCAUGGCAGAGCUUUACGGAGCCGCCAACCAGGACUCAGGGGUCAGCAGUUACAUCAGCGCUGCCAGUCCAGCCCCCAGCACUGGCUUCGGCCACAGCCUAGGGGGUCCCUUGAUUGCAACAGCUUUUACCAAUGGGUAUCACUGAAGCUGGGGACCAAGGAGGCAGGAGAUUCCCCAGUGACCUGACCGAGGACAGCGGCUGGAGGACCUGGUGAGCCUCGGGGGAUGAGCCAAGGUUACCUUUUUCUCGAAUCAAACUGCACACUGCCGGCCGGCUGCCAGGCUCCUGCCGCCAUGCCCUGAUCUCUCCCUUUGACCAGACCACACUGGACUGAACCCGAGGAGAUCAUCUCGCUUUCUUACUAACCACCGACGGUUUACGCUUCCCCCCUCCCUGCCCCCAGCCCACCGAUUCUUCUUUUAUUUAUUUUAGUAGCUGUUAGUUUUAUUUUUUUAUUUUAUUUUUUUAUCUUUUUUGGGGGCUACCCCUUCUUUUUGUUGUUUGCUCUUUCCUGAGCUAGUAGACAUAUUUUAUGAAUUGGCUUUGUGAUUGUGUUAGGUAGCUUUUAUUGAGGAGUAUUUUUAUUUGGCUUUGAAACUGUUUUGAAUAUUUUCAACUCUGUUGUUGUUGUCGUCAGUGUUUUUAAAGCACGGUAUGUAACAAGAAUGCAGUUCUGAAGGGAAGAAAGAGACACAGAGAGAGCAAAGGCUGAGAGGAACUGAUGUAUUUCUAUUUUUUUUAAAGAAACUGUUUUUAAUUGUUUCUGUUUUGUAAAUGUGAGGCUUUGAAAAGUGUGAAACUCCAAGGAUCCGAAAAUGUUGGACAUCGCUAUGGAACAAAACAAAUGUAUAUUUUGCUAAGUGAAAAACACUAUCCUUACAGCUGAAAGAUUUUUUUUUUCCUAGGUUUAGUUUUAUGUGGGGUUUUCUUUUUCCUCCUGUAUAAUAUGUAAAUAUUGUGAGCUGAACCUGGCUGCCGCCGGCAGCCUGGCUCCAAGGAGCAGCUCCAGGUCCUGGACCUGGUGCCGCAGCGUGAGCAAUACUCUCCAGCAGAAUCCUGACAGGACUCCGUUCUUUUUUUGUACACCUUUUACUGUAAGAUUUUAAGAACCUCUGAUGAAAUGAAAGGGGGGGUGGGUGGGGGUGAGGCCGUUGGCUGUUUUGCUGAGCGGGUUAAAGCUGCUUCCAAUCGCUCGAUGUACAGACUCCAUCACUGGGCUCCGUAGCGCCAGCCGCUGCGUUGGCUUUAGGUAAAGGGCUUUACCGCCAUCGCUUGUCUUGGUUACUUGGAAAGGAAUUCACUCUCCAAACGCUAUUGCUCACGUCAAAGUUUCCGGGGAAAGGGGAUCCACCUCGGGAGGCGAGGGGAUCGGAAGGGGUGUCAGCCAUGGCCGGGGGGAGAUUUGGGUGGUCGUUCUCCGAAGGGCAGGGCGCUGGGGUGGGAAGUCACUAACGGGGGAGAAAAGCAUUAGGGUGGUGAUUUGGGGGCGGGUUAAGGGCUUCUCAGGGAUUAUACGAAUUAUAGAAUUGCAGCUUCCCAUUUGCUUUACUCUGUGUUCUUGAAGACGGUGGGAAUUUGUCCAUUGUCCUGCGUGGGGGUGGCCUGGUCCCCUCUCCAGAACCUGCUGGGGCUUCCCCUGGGGACAGUUUCUGUGCUGGGGACGCCUCCAGCAGCACAUGGGGCAGGUUUGGGUCUGGAUCUCAUUGAACCAAAGACCUUGUUAAGGGGGGUGAUUAAGCCUUUUAUUAAGAUGCAGCCGAACACUUUUCCCAGGGAAAUAACAGCUUCAUCUUAAAUCUAAAAAAUCAUUCCCUCUCUUCCCCCAAACUGAGCCCCUGUAAGGGAGGGGGGGUGGUGAGAAAAGGACCGGGAGGGCUGUGGUGCCCACAGGACCCUUCGCUUCCAUCCCCCCCCGUCUGCCGGAGCUGGUCCUGACCUGGGCAAUGCGUUUGGAGAGUUCUGUUUAGGUAAGAGGGUACUUAACAGAUUAGUACUGAAAACACAAAGCAAUAAUUUUUGUUACUGAGACAAGAGUCUGUAUGUCUGUUUUUUUAAAUAUUUCCUAAUUAAAGAAGAGCUGCAUUUUAUUGGGUUUAUUUUUAUUCUAUAUACUUCAAAUUUGGGUCUGCGGACAGCGCUUUCCUCCCUCUCGGUGUAUGCGCUGAGCUGCUUCCGUUCCCCCUCCAGACAGGCGAGGCCAAGCUGUGCUGCUGGGCUGCGCUUCCCUCGGCCAGCGCUGCCGCUGCCUGGAGCCUGGGGCUCUGGUUUCAGGGUGGGCAUUUUUUUUAAAAGAAAUAAAGCUGUGUUUUUAAGCCAGUAAGUUAUUACACUCCGAUGUUUGUUCUCUCCACACCUGUAACCCUUUUUCCAGAUUUCAGUUUUAAAUUCCUAAUAAAUUAUUUGAAAACUGUC